CCCCCCCCCCCCCCGGUCCCCGUUACCGGCCCCCGGCCAUGGCCGACCCCAAAUACGCCGACCUGCCCGGCAUCGCCAGGAAUGAACCUGACGUCUACGAGACCAGCGACGUGUCCGAGGAUGACCAGGCCGACUUCGAGGCGGAGGAGCUCACCAGCACCAGCGUGGAGCACCUCAUCAUCAACCCCAACGCCGCGUACGAGAAGUUCCGGGACAAGCGUCUGGGCACCAAGGGAGUGGAUUUCUCCGAUCGCAUCGGCAAGCCCAGGACAACGGGCUACGAGUCUGGGGAGUAUGAAAUUCUCGGCGAGGGUCUUGGUGCCAAAGAGACGCCCCAGCAGCGGUACCAGCGGCUGCAGCACGAGGUGCAGGAGCUGGUCAGGGAGGUGGAGCAGAUCCAGAGCACGGUGAAGGAGACGGCAGUGGAGGAGGAGAUGAUGCCCAUGGCUUUGUCCAGGCAGAUCGAGGGCCUGAAGCAGCAGCUGGUCUCCGGCCACCUGGAGAAACUGCUGGGUCCCGCAGCAGCCAUAGACUUUGCAGACCCCGACAGCGCCCUGGCCAAGCGCCUGGUGCAGCAGCUGGAGGUGGUGAAGUGCAGCAAGGCGGCACCGGGGAAGACCCCCACCAAAGCCCUGGUGCCCACCAGAGACCUCACCUUUGAGCUGUACUGGCAGCCGGAGCAGGACCACUUUGCCCAGACGGCCAAGAUCACGGAGCUGGAAAAGCGGCUGGCGCAGCUGGAGGCGACGGUGCGGUGCGAGCCCGACAGCCAGAACCCGCUGUUGGUGGGGCUGAAGGGCACCAGCCUCGUGGAGACCGUGCAGGUCCUGCAGGCCAAAGUGAACGUCCUGGACGUGGCUGUGCUGGACCAAGUGGAAGCCCGGCUGCAGAGCGUCCUGGGGAAAGUGAAUGAAAUUGCCAAGCACAAGGCAACCGUGCAAGAUGCCGACACCCAGAGCAAGAUCCACCAGGUCUACGAGAUGAUGAAGCGCUGGGACGGCGUGGCCAGCACCUUGCCCAAUGUUGUGCAGAGGCUGCUGAACCUCAGAGACCUGCAGGAGCAAGCCAUGCAGUUCGGGCAGGUCCUUGUGCACUUGGACACCGCGCAGCAGGAGAUAGUGGGUGCUCUCAAGGACAACACCGUGCUGCUGGCAGAGGUCCAGAAGACAAUGAAAGAAAACCUGGCUGCCGUAGAGGACAACUUUGCGAAUAUAGAUGCCCGUAUCAAACGGCUGCAGAAGUGACGGCACCCUGGAGACCCCUCUGCACCGGGCAUCCCUGCCCGCCCCCGGGGCCCUGCGACCCCCUGGGUAUCACUCCCUCCCCCCGCAGGUACCAGCCCCUGCUUGUAUAUACCCUGGCUCUGCCCCCCUGCCCAGCCUGGGGGCUGGAGGGGUCCUCCGCACCCCUCCAUUCCCACCUAAGGGGGGGGUGUCUCUGUACUCCCCCCCGAUUUACCCCAAUAAACAGCUCAGCUCAAAGUG